CUUGAAUGAGUUUCUGUGGUCAUUGAAAGCCGAAGGGGAUCCUUGAAUAAAUUCCCUGACCACCUGUGUAUCGCGUGGUUGGUGAGUUUAUACACACAAACAAAAAAAAGCCUGCUACGUCACGUGUUAGUCAUGUGAUAGUCCUCAAAAUCACAUGAUUUGCAGACCAGUAAGAGUGACAGGUGAAGUUUGCUAGGUUAGGUCUUCCGCUCAAACUUUCAGAAUAAAACGACAAAUGUGACAUUUAAUAGGACCUGUGAAAUAUUAAAAUGUUAAAAGCAAACAUAUUUCAUAGAGAACAGCUGCUUGUUUCUGAACUUUAAAUUAAAUGCGAUUGUAAACAAAUCAUUGUCUUUCUGCAGAUACCGAAAAUUCUCGUGGAAGGGAACAAGGUUUCAGAAACCUGACAGUUGAUGUGUGAUCAGAAAAGUCCGGCCUCUCUGUCCUUUUCCGCGGUGCUUUUAUUGUGACGGCUUCCUGUCUGCCGCAGUCUUAGAGUAUCUAACUUUACUGUUUGUGUUCGUACGGACAUUAAACCUCCAGCGGCUCCGUUUUUCAGUCGGUUUUCAGUCGGUGCCAACAUGUUGAAGCUCGACGCUUUGCGGGUUGUUGUGGACCAGCGGCUCCGCGCCGUCAUCGACGACAUUUUCCGGCGCUUUGCCAGAACGAUCACCGAAUACGAAGAGGAAGUUUUUCAGUUAAAACGGGAGAUAGAGCGAGAGAGGAGACUGCUGGAGACUGCGGGACGACCGGAGGACAGAGCUGCAGGUGUUCUGCAGCUUUUCCCCACAGAAGAAGAGCAGCAGGUGAGGGGGCGGAGCUUAAGUCAGCACUUUAAACCGGAGGAGGAUGGAGCUUCAGGACCACAGGACACUGACACCAAGUUCACACCAAGUCCCGAUUGGCUGAGGGAGAGACCUGAAAAAGGCUUGAGUCCUCCGUCCAAUCAGAUCCAGUCCUGCAGGGUGAAGGUGGGGCCACGACCUGCUAAUGAUAAAAAGGAGGCGUUCAGUGUCAAACAGGAAGUGGGUGAAGUUCACAUCAUGCUACUGGCUGCAGGCAGAACAGAGAUCGGCUCCCAGCAGGAAGGUUGGUACGGGAACCCAGAAGAAGAGCGGCUGGUGAGCGGGCGGAGCUUUGGUCUCCACAUUAAACAGGAGGGGGGUGGAGCUUCAGGACCUGAGGACACUGACAUCAAGACCACACUCAGUCCUGAUUGUCUUUUUGGGAGCAAUGACGACAAGGGAAGUUCUUUGUCCAACCAGAUGCAGUCCCACAUACAGAAGGAGUUUCUCCCUGCCCCCUCAAACCGUCUGAUGAUACCAGGACCUAGAAGGAUGUGCAGACCUCCAGACCACCACAGGGACUCCGAUGUCCAGUCAGAGUCGUCUAGCGAGAACAGCGACAACCCUCAGUCUGAACCAGGUUUCCAGAGGACACAGGGGAGUGGAACUCAGUCUCCUGUAGAGCAGAAGCUGUUGGUCUGCGGCAGCUGUGGCCGAGAGUUUAGCUCAAGGCGAACUCUGAGGAAACACAUCAGACAAAACACAGCUCAGGACCAGGACCAGAUGUCCUGCAGCCUCCGCAAACAGAGGGCCCCCUUCCAGAGUCCUGCCAAGUCCUUCAGCUGCAGAGUCUGCGGAAGCUCCUUCUACACACGGGGGAUUCUGGUGCGGCACGCUGAGAACCACUGCAAGGAGCCUGAGAGCCGGUGUGGGGCCUGCGGGGACUAUCUGGAGUCGACUGAGACCCUCAGAGAUCACCUGCGGUCCCACAAAGAGCUGGGCAGCACCUGCGACGUGUGCGGGAAGAAGUGCAGCUCGAUCAGGAGGAUGGAGAUCCACAAACGGGUCCAUACCGGAGAGAAACCGUACCACUGCAGGUUCUGCAGCCGAGACUUUAGCAGGAAGGAGAGUCUGGAGAGACACCUGAAGGUCCAUAGUGGGGACAGACCGCACUGCUGUGGACUCUGCAGGAGGACCUUCACCAGGAGGGAGAACCUAGCACGCCACCUGAAGACUUUACCGGGAGACAGAACCGGAAACGUGCCGGGACAGACAGAGAGCAGCGGGGCUCGAGCUUCCCGGUGA